UCUUGGACAUAGCAUGUUCCUGUACGCAACGGUAACAAUGUCGGACGCGAGUUCGGAAUCAGAGAGUUCAGAUUAUGGCGUUGAAAAGUCCAUUUUAGGAAAACGCACAGGUCAAGUUCCACGACGUCAACGUACGAGGAAGAAGAGUCAAAAGAACAAUUUCCAAGGCACGCAUAGACGGCGCAUGUGUAUUAUGUGCCUUGGUGUUUUUCUCUUUCUUAUACUAGUUUGCUUGGCAACAGUACUGGCAAUAAACAAUAGCAACAAUGUAUAUUAUAACAGUGCUUACAACAACAGCAAACAUAUUGAUGAUGAAAGUAGUUCAGGCAUAAACGUACUCGUCCUGAAUUGGCAUACCAAUACAUUGCCACAAAUCUUUUCGAUCUCCUCUAAUUGUACCGUUACAUUUGCCAAGACUUCACAUAAUGUGAGUAUGUUGGAUUAUUAUCGAAAUGAUGUGAUCAUUUUGAAUUCAACAGUGCAAAACAUUUUGGACGACAAAGACCUAUUUCUCACACCAACGUCGAAUCAACUUGUGAUUUUUGCUACAAACAAACCAUUGCAAUAUCAUUUGCAUACAAAAACAAGUGCAACGCAGGCGAAUUGGGUGUUUAGUGCAUUUCACAAAUCUCUUUCAUAUUCCUUAAAAUCUGAUUUCCACUGGUCCACUUAUCGUAUAUUCCGUCAAAAUGAUUAUAAACUUCUGGCGCCCUCAAGGCAGCCGCAAUGGCUGGGAGCGAGAGCGGCGCGAUUUGUGAAUAACGCUACGAGAGAUUUUUGGUACGACAGUGUUCACAAGUCGUCGCCACUGGCGUUGAGCAUAUUGAGCGGACCGUGUCAGGUGGGACGAAACGAGUUGAUCGAUCGCAUUGCGGAGUAUAUAGAGGUGCAUAAAUACGGCGAAUGCGGCGAUUAUGACUGCUUGGAAAACGAUUGCCUACUCAUGCCACAGAGUCGUGGUAAUCGGACUUACAAAUUCUAUUUGGCCUUCGAGGAGGAACUUUGCGAGGAUUAUGUUGGUGAAAAUUUUUUCAAAGCUUUGCAGGCGAGACUGGUUCCAGUUGUGUUUGGUGGUGCCAACUAUAGUAACUUCGCGCCGCCCAAUUCCUAUAUAAAUGCUCGUGAUUUCGCAAGCAUGCGUGAGUUAGCGGAAUAUUUACUUUAUUUAGAUAAGAAUCCUACGGAACACAUUAAAUAUUUCGCUUGGCAUGAUUGGUAUGGAAUUCUAAAAGUCGAAUUAGAUUUUCUGGAAGUUUGUCAUUUUUUGCAAAAGGAAAAGGAGAAGAAGACGUUUCCACCUGCCAAAUGGCAGAAGUCAAAAACCGUUAUGAGCUGGUUAAAUGCGAAUAAAUGUGAAGCCUAUAAAUUGCCAGAGGCGUGGCUGUCCUGAGGAUGACAACUCAUGUUUGGGUGACUCUUAUUUUGUGAUUAAAUAUAUUUAUGCCUCUCGUCUCAUUUAAAAAAAAAAAAGAAUUGCAUGUAAUCUAAAUAUUUAAGCCUUAACAUUAUAAAAUAAUUUAGUUGUAAUUACGAUAAGAAUUGCUGAGUUUUGAUUAAUAUGAUUUUUUUCUUUUACCUUUUUUUAAUAUGUAUGUUUA